UAGUUCCUACAAUGAUGAAUUAUUCUCUCGUCUACUUCGUCUUGUCGCGCCUCCCAGUCACAAAGUAGCCUCAUCACCCACCAUUGACUCCUCUGUUCUUGCAUCUCAAACCAUAGAAAAACGAACAUAUCACUCUAUGGAGAAUCAGCGAGGAGGAGGGCGUUUUGGAAAACCUCGAUCCAAGUGUAGUCAUUGUCAUAAACUUGGGCACACUCGUGACACAUGCUAUAUUUUGCAUGGUCCACCACCCAGUUAUGAUCCUAUUGCUCUAAAGGAAUAUAAUGAAUUCCUUCGAAAUCGUGCAAGUAAGCAGACAUCUCCACAAGUAGCAUCUGUGGCUCAGCCUAAUCACUUAUCCAAUAAUGCUCAUAUUGCUCAUACAGAAUAUGAUGAGUUCCUCCAGUAUCGAGCAAGUAAGCAAACGUCACCACAAGUAGCUUCGGUUGCACAACCUGUUGUUUCUGUUACGGGUAAUUCUUUUGCUUGUGUUUCACAAUCUAGUACUCUUGGAUCAUGGGUCAUGGACUCAGGCGCUUCUGAUCAUAUCUCUGGUAAUAAAUCACUUUUGUCUAAUAUUGUGUAUUCACAAUCUCUUCCCGCUAUUACUUUAGCUAAUGGGAUCCAAACAAAACCAAAAGGGGUUGGCAAAGCCAAACCCUUAUCUUCUGUCACUCUAGACUUUGUUCUUUAUAUCCCUAGCUCUCCUUUUAAUCUGGCAUUUGUUAGUCAUAUGACGCGUGCCUUACAUUGUAGCAUAUUCUUUUUUGAUGAUUUUUUCCUCAUGCAAGACCAUAGUACGGGAUAGAAGAUUAGCAUAGGACAUGAAUCACAAGGCCUUUACUAUCUUACCUCUUCAAAUUCCUUCAUAGCAUGCUCCGUUACAGAUCCUCCAAACCUAAUUCACAAACGUUUGGGAUAUCCGAGUCUAUCCAAGCUGCAAAAGAUGGUGCCUAGUUUAUCUAGUUUGCCUAAUUUAGAUUGUGAGUCGUGUCAACUUGGGAAACACACUCGCGCUACAUUUUCACGUAGUAUUAAGGGUCAUUCAGAGUCUCUUUUUUCAUUAGUUCAUUCUGAUAUUUGGGAUCCUAGUAGAGUUAGUUCACCCUUAGGAUUUCAUUAUUUUGUUAGUUUCAUUGAUGAUUAUUCAAGAUGCACUUGGGUUUUCUUAAUGAAAGAUCGUUCUGAGUUAUUUUCAAUAUUCAAAAGUUU